AUGGAAAACAAUGAACUCAACAUCAAGCUGAAGGGAGUACUUGAUAUGACCGUCUUCUCCCAGUUGUUGGAGAUGGAUGAGGAAGAAGAUCGAAAGAGUAGCUCAACAGCGCUCUAUGGCUUCAUUGAAAGAGGCAAGGAGAAGGUGGACUAUAUGGAGAUGGCCCUUGAAUCCCUGCAAGAAUGUGCAGUGGCGUUGGGCUUCCGCAAAUUUCACGAAAGCUGUGAAAAUAUUGGAAGAGUCAGUGCGAUGAUGAGUAUACAUGGCGAGGUCGCAGAAGCAAUUGAGAUGUUCCGUCUUACCCUCAUUAAGGAAGAAAUCGGCAAUCUGAAUGACAGUCUUCUAUCUGCUCGAACAGCAAUGAAUUCCUUCUAUAAGGAUAGUAUCUAA